AACACAAAUCUGCAUGGGAAACCUGAUAUCAAUUUUAUUUUGUUAUUUAUUUAAAAAAACCAUAAUCAAAUCGGCAGAAGCGCCAUCAUGAACGAGGAGCAAUUCCUCGAGAUAGAGGCACUCGAGUGUGCGUCCGACGAUGAGGUGGAGACAUACAUCGACAUCGAGCCAAAGGAGCCAGAGCCAGAUGAUCAAUCGGAGAAGAAAACGAAACGACUUCAUUGCCUGAUUGAAGGCUGCAACUAUAUGACGAACAGGAGACGAGACCUCCGUCGUCACCGGCGUUCAAAGAAACACAUCCAUGCCAUGGCGGUUGUAUCCGAUUCCGACUCGGAUUUCGAGAGGCCUCUGUACAACUGCGUCCUCUGUUCGUAUACAACAGCGAAGAAGUUCUGCUAUGAUCGGCACAACAAGUCGACGAAACACUGCCGUAGACUGGAGGCACUGGGGGAUCCACUAAAAAAAAAGAAAGUGCCGCUGCGCCGUGAUUUGGGAUCGACUUCAUCACAGCCAUCCGAUGGCAACAUGUACACCUGUGCCCCCUGCGAAUACACAACACUCCGCAAGGAGUCUUUUCUGUUGCACAAGACGAAGGAUAACCAUCUGUAUGUUAUGGACGUCUUGAGGCGGAAUAACCAAGUCAUCACCUCAGGACCCAUGGCGGAUAGUGAAGGAGUAGUAUUCACCCCGCCAGAAUCUGAGGAUGAGGCGGACAGCUACGAUCGUGGAAUAUUUUACUGCGACCUUUGUGAUUACAACACCAACAUUCGAAGCAGCUUUCAAUGCCACAAGAAGUCGAGAAAGCACCGUGCCAGAGCUCAGGAAGCUGAGGAACUGGAUAAAACGUCUGAAUGCUUGCCGGGUGCAGAUGCAGACAAUACUCAGACAGUAGAAAUUAUCUUAUCCUGCGUCCCUGAGCCGGAGCAGGAUGACCAUCAGUUCGAUGAGACCAUUGAAUACGAGCCUGAGGUGCAAGAGGAAGUGGUGGUGGAGCAUGAAAACGACUUCCAGGAGAUAAUUUAUUUGCCCGAAGAGGAAACGGGGGAGGAGCAACACUAUUUCAUAGUGUUAGGCAACGACUAGCAGAGUGCUGGCACUUUACACAGCACUGUUUCUGCGCAGAUUUAACGCGCACGCACUGGGAAACUUUGUUUAACGUUUUUUAUGUUUUUCUCUGCACAUAACUUGUAAAUUAAGCACACAAAAAAUAAAUAGAGCAUUGAAUUAAGUUUAAACAGUA